UGCGCAAGCAUCCAUUUCCGUUCCCAAAAUAUUAGUAACUAAUAUUCGCUCUCAAGGAAAAGAAGAAAAAACCCUAAAACCCUAAUCUCCCAAAACCCUACACUCUCUCAUGGCGUCGUCGUUGAUUCGCCUCCGCCGCACCCUCCGAUCACUCUCCGGCGUGGCCAACUCGUUAUCCGCAACGCACGCGGCCUCGUUUUCCGCCCCAAUCCGAUGCUCCGUUUCAUCAAGUUUCCACUCACCGAACAUGGUGGUUCAGUCCCGUUCGCUGAGGUCAUCCUCAAUUUCGCUUCUCUCUGUUCGAUCCUCACAGGGAAACAUCCCCGACGAGAUUGGUCCCGACACGAUUCUCUUCGAAGGCUGCGACUACAACCACUGGCUCUUCGUCAUGGACUUCCCCAAAGACAACAAACCCUCUCCCGAAGAAAUGGUUCGCGUUUACGAGGAGACUUGUGCUAAGGGUCUCAACAUCAGUGUGGAAGAGGCGAAGAAGAAAAUGUAUGCGUGCAGCACAACUACCUACACUGGCUUUCAGGCAGUUAUGACUGAAGAAGAGUCCAAAAAAUUUGAAGGUCUUCCUGGAGUCAUCUUUGUGCUGCCAGAUUCAUAUAUUGAUCCGGUGAACAAGCAGUAUGGAGGAGAUCAGUACAUUAAUGGAACAAUCAUCCCUCGACCUCCGCCAGUACAGUAUGGGAGAAACCAAGGAAGACGAGACAGGAAUUGGAGUCCUCCUGGCCAAUAUAACCGGCAAGACAAUCAGAUGCCAAACCCUCAAGGGAAUCCCUCUUACAGUAGUCAGGGGUCCAUGCCAGGGGAUGGAAGGAACUAUGGACCUUCACAAAAUUAUCCACCCCAACAAAACUAUGGCCAAGCACCGCAGAAUUAUCCACCCCAACAAAAAUAUGGCCAAGCAUCGCAGCAUUAUCCACCCCAACAGAACUAUGGCCAAGCAUCACCAAAUAAUCCACCCCAACAGAACUAUGGCCAAGCAUCACCAAAUAAUCCACCCCAACAGAACUAUGGCCAGGCAUCACCAAAUUAUCCACCCCAACAGAAUUUUGGCCAAGCAUCACGGAAUUACCCACCCCAACAGAACUAUGGCCAAGCAUCACAAAAUUACCCACCCCAACAGAAUUAUGGUCAGGCAUCGCAAAAUUAUCCACCCCAACAGAACUUUGAUCAAGCAUCACAGAAUUAUCCACAACAUCAGAAGUAUGGUCCUGCUUCACCACCAUAUGCACAGCAGCAAAGCUUUGGACCACCAGGACACGGAGAUAGAAGAAAUUAUAUGCCACAGCAGAACUUUGGACAACCCGGACAAGGAGAUAGAAUAAAUCCUGUGCCAAGGUAUGGUGCUUCAGAGGGGAGGGGUGAUACUUUUACCCCACCUUAUAUGGAGGAUUUCAAACCAUCAUACAUGAAGGAAUUUGAACAGGCUGAGCAGGGGAAUCAUACUGCCAAAGAGCAGACAGGAUCUCAACAAAGAUAUCCACCUUCUGGCCAGGGCAACUUUACUGGGGAGGGAAGAUAUUGAUAGUGAUCUGAGAUGUAUGCGGCUCGUAUUAAAGUUCUAAUCACAUUCUUAGUUGAUCGCAUGUCCUAGCCAAUUUGACGGAUAAUUUAUAUUCAGUUGUUGUAUAUCCGUCAUUUUUCAGUCCAUGCUCUGUUUUGUGACAAUGUUAGAUGUGGUAUGUAAAAUUGGUACUGGCUGCUGCCUUGUCUUUUUGAACAUGGUUGAACUGUGAAUUUCAUGUGGCUCUUUCCAGUGUCUCUCGUUCUCCUUGUCACUUACAGAAUAAUAAAUGAUUGUGAAUUUGCGUUCUC